GUGACAUUUAAUGUUACAAAUAACCUUAAUUUUCCUUCAAUUUCAUAUUUGAAUAAAUUUAUUAAAAAAAAAAUAUGAUGAAGAACAGCGGACUGGUUUUGUUUGCUUGCGCUGGUUUAUUACUUAGCGGGGGUGCCGUCCUCGGCGGUUCGACAGCAUGGAGUCUCCUUCGCAUGUCCUACUACUUCUGGACGUCGGAUUUGGGUGUGGAGCUUGGCUCGAGCGUGCUAUUCAUUACCGGUGCCCUGCUCUGUUUGCCAACGUGCUGGCUCUCCACCUUGGUGCCUUACCAUGUUAAAUCGAUGGCACUUAUGGCAACCCUGAUGGGUUUAGUGACAGUUGCAAUGCUGAUGCUGUCCAUGGGACUGUCCUCAAUCACAGGAUUGUCGCGCGCACUCCGAGAACCAAGCGGACUAAAUAGCAGCAUGCUAAGAGCGAUGGCAUUUAACAGCUUCGACCCUUCAGUCAAGAGUGCCUUUAGUGCUAUGCAAAUUGAAUUAAGGUGCUGCGGAGUGCAAUCGUACUUAGACUGGUAUCAGCAUCGCCGAACAUUACCGCCUGCUUGCUGUGGCCGUAUAUGGAAUGGAAAGCGCGGCGAGCAGUGCGAUGUACCUCUAUAUGGAACUGGAUGUCUACGUCCUGCACUCGCUGAGCUACGCCGCUACACCAACGCACUCUCUGCUCUCGCUUCCGCCAUUAUUAUCGUUAUGGGUGUGACAUUGUUUACAACUGCUUACAUUUUGGUGACCAAUGUGGUGGAGCGAAAUGAGGCGCGUGUCUUUAAACCAAUGCAGCCACUGCGCGUCGCCUGUGUCGCCGCGCACCCUCCCAUGGUAUCGCUGACGUCGCCUGCUGCACUCCCUAAUCUAACCCCACAAAUGUGAAAUCACUUGGCCUACUUUAUGUUCUGUAGUUAUCAUUGGUUAUUUAAAUGCGAGCAUGUCUUUUAUAAUAUCUAU